GCCCUAAUGAAACCUGAAAAGCAAAGCCCUUUCGCUUCAUAAUACAACAGAGAGACAGAAGGAGGGGAGGUUAAAAAAAACGUUCAUAAGACGCUGCUGCAGGAGUUCUAUUCCCAUCCCCAAGUAAAACUUUCUGCAGCAGCUCUAUCAUCCAUCCAAUUAUUAAUAUAUAUAAUCGGGUAUAAUUUUCCGUCCUCUUCGUAUCCAUCCAAACAAACAAUAAUGGCACGCUCCUUCCCCAACGCAAAGCUCAUCUCAGCUUUCGUUGCCCAAAGGAUCUCUGUCGCUGCGAGCAGGCGGGGAUAUGCAGCAGGUGCAUCACAGGGAGCGGUGCCUGGUAGCAUGAGAGGAGGAAGCAACGCGAACAUGAUGCGGAAGAAAGGAGGGGAAGAGUCGAGCAGCAAGACCACCUCGUGGGUGCCGGACCCCGUGACCGGAUAUUACAGGCCUGAGACACACGCCGCCGAGAUUGAUGCUGCUGAGCUCCGCAACAUGCUCUUGAAGCACAAGAAUUGAAAAAGAAACCCACAAAAUGGGGGAGGCUCUCAACUCCCAACAGUUCUUGGUAAAGACGUGGAGGGAUCAGUUUUCGCCUUCUUUAGUUCUGGUCCAAGACUAGUGCCUUUUUUUUUUUUUUUUUUUUUUUUUUUUUUAGGGGGAGUGGUUUUACUUGGUAACCUCAUUUCGUUUGAUGAAACGUUGGAAUUGUCAAUUGUUUGUUGUAUUACUGCUACAACCAAUAUACAUCUCCCUUAGGCCUCAUGUGUAACGACUGGUGGGGUUAGCACCGAGUAAUUCAUGCGGGUCAUAUUCAUUUUAGCUUUUUAGCCU